GAGCGAUGGAUGUGGCGGGAAAUAUUUUUUUUAAAUGACCGAAUCGCCCCCACCGUACUUCAAAAUAACACCCGAACAACAGGACGACACCACAACAGAAUCUCCUCACUAGGGACUUUCUCGCCCAUUCUAAAAAACUCAAGGAAAGCCUAAAAUUCCGAUUAGCACCGGCAAGAUCUCCGCGCUUAACAAUGGCCAACGAAGAGAACUCAGAGCAGCCUCAUCCUUCAUUCCCGCGCGGUCGAAUAAAAAACAUCAUGAAACUCGACAGAGAAAUCAACAAGAUCAAUUCAGAAGCGCUCUCGCUCGUCUCGCGCUCCGCCGAGCUGUUUCUUCAGUUCCUCGCCGAGAAGUGCGCGGAAGUGGCGGCGGAGAAGAAGCGGAAGACCGUGAAGCUCGAGCAUCUGAGAAUCGCCGUGGAGCGGCACCGGCCGACUAGCGAUUUCCUCCUCGACUCGCUGCCCUCGCCUCCUCCGCCGUCGGAUUGUGCGCAGGCUGAUCGGGCCCGACCCCGUGCCGCCGCUGAAAAACCAGUCCCCGCCGGCACUCGGCGGAUCGAUGAUUUCUUUAGCAAGUCCGCGGCCGCAAAUGAAGCUCCAAAGGGCGCCAACAGUUCCUAAUUUUUUUUUCUCACUUCUUUGUGCAUCAUGUAUCAGAUUACUCUGCUUUUUUAUUAAAAAAAUCUUCACUCUCGUGAUCUUUGUUA